UAAGCAGAUAUAUUAAUGACAACUUGACAAAAAGCCUUGAUGCUAACGACGAUGGGCCUACGGACGAAUAUAUGACUUACGAGCCAGUAAACGCAUCCAAGAGUGGUAAUAAAACUGGCAAGGAGAAAAAAAAUUUCGUGGGCAUCCCCGGUCGUCCUGGUGAAAAAGAAGAAUGGAAAGUUACGCUUUUGUGUUGA